UUGCGCGGGCGCAAUGCGAAAAUAGAGGAAAAUAAAACAAAAUACUUGGCGUCGCUUUUUGCAGGAAGAAAAUUUAUUCCGAGUUUGUAGUAUUCAUUUAAUUUUAAAGAGAAAUGUCGAAGAAAUUAAAUAAAAGUGGUAGUGCUGGUGGUAGCAGUACGCCGAGUAAUACCCUUUUUAAGUAUUUUUCGCGCUCGCCGGCUACAGCAGAAAAGAAGAAAAUUCCUAGAAUACCCAGUGAGGAAGAUUCAAAAAAUUUAAGCAAAGAUGUGAGAAAGGAGAACUUGGAGAAUGGGCGCAGUUUUGAUGAAGAACCUUCAGCUAAGCGAAAACUUGAGAUAGACCUCAACCAUUCUCGGAGUAAUAAAAUGGAUUUAGAUGAUGAUGAGGAUGAGGAUAUUACCAUUAAACGUUCCAAGAAUAAAAGACAACGCAUAUUCGAUUCUGAUGAUGAAGAAGGCAUUAAACCAACAGUAAAAGCAAAAAAGGAAGAUGAUGAUAAAGCUGAUUAUAAGCCAAGUGAUGAGGAUGACGAAGAUAGUAGUGACGACCAAGACGUGUCGGUAACAAAAGACACAUUUUCGAAAAAAAGUGAUGAACCUAAACAAAAAAAACCUAAAUUAGAAAAGGGCAGUUUUAUGGAAAAGUUGGCGUCAUUGCAAGCCUCAGCAACUAUAACAGACACGAAGACUGCUGCAAAGAAUGAUGCUAAAUAUGAGAAGAUUGUGUGCACCACUUCCACAUUAGAUGAGCCUGUAGUUUGGCCACACCAAAAGCUCGAUUUCUUGCAGCCCAACAAUAUAAAAGACAAGCAAGGCAGGCGCCCUGAUCAUCCAGACUAUGAUCCCACAACACUCUAUGUACCUGAGAAGUACUUGAAUUCGUUAUCGCCGGGUGUACGCCAAUGGUGGAUAUUAAAAUCUGAUAACUAUGACUGUGUGCUCUUCUUUAAAGUUGGCAAAUUCUAUGAGCUAUAUCACAUGGACGCAGAAAUAGGUGUACAGGAGCUGGGAUUUGUAUAUAUGCGCGGAGAAUUCGCGCAUUCCGGUUCGCCAGAAGUGAGUUUUGACAAGAUGUCUAGUAUACUGGUCGACCGUGGUUACAAGGUGGCGCGCGUUGAGCAAACUGAAACCACGGACAUGAUGAGCGAGCGUUGCAAAAAGACAAAAGCCACAAAGUUCGACAAGGUAGUACGUCGUGAGAUUUGUCAGAUAUCCAAUCGUGGCACCCAGGUAUUCGGCACACAAUGUCAGAUAACGCCACAUCAUCAGCCAAAUUAUAUGUUAGCUGUGGUUGAAAAGAACGAGUCCAGUUGUAGUAAAUAUGGAGUUUGCUAUGUGGAUACAUCGAUCGGUGACUUUUAUAUUGGCGAAUUUGAGGAUGACAAAAAUGGUUCGCGUCUGUUAACUUUGCUUUCGCAUCACAUGCCAGUCUUGCUUCUUUAUGAGCGCGGCUCGCUUUCCGAGCGUACACAAGAGAUCUUCCGUACAAUGCUUUCAGCUAUACUCAAAGAUCCCUUGCCUGCCAAUGGCUCUAAAGUGUGCAGCGCAGAGAAGACGCUGAAACACUUCGCCGAAAAUUAUUACGCAAAAAUGUCAGACGACAAAAAUAGUGCUGACAAUUGGCCAUUGGCGUUGCGUACGAUGCAAUCUGAAUCUGACCAUUUAGGUUUAACGCCACGAGAUGACUGCAAGUUAGCAUUGAAGGCACUGGGGCAAUGCGUUAUGUAUUUAAAGCGUUGUCAACUUGAGGAAAAGGUGCUACCAAUGGCACGUUAUCACCUUUACACGCCACCAGACAUGUUAAAUGAGUCGACGAAAGCUGGAAAGCCGCAGUUGGCUCAGCAACAGACGGCACGUCGCCGCCACAUGGUUAUCGAUGCGACCACCCUUGCUAAUCUGCGCAUCACCGGGGAAGAGUAUUCGUUACAAGCCACGCUGGAUAAUUGCUGUACAAAAUUCGGCAAACGUUUGCUUCACCAUUGGAUUUGCUCGCCCAGCUGCGAGUUAGAUGUGAUUGUGGAACGACAGCAAGCUAUUACUGAAUUGGUUAAACAUGCCAUGGUGUUGCAGGACUUACGCGCUUUAUUGGCGCCAAUGCCUGAUUUUGAAAGACAUCUGGCGCAGAUACAUUUGUUCGGCAAUAAGCGUAUCUCAGAAGGUCAUCCAGAUGGGCGUGCCAUUCUUUUCGAAGAAAAGUUAUAUAAUAAGAAAAAAAUACAAAAUUUUAUCGGCAUACUAAAGGGUUUUACUGCCCUUAUGGAGAUACCAACGCUCUUAGGAGGAUUUGAAUCACCACUCAUGAAGCGUUUAACACAGUUGCAGCCAACCGGCGUCUUUCCGGAUAUGGCAGAACAAUUAGAAUUUUUCAAGAAUGCCUUUGACCAUGAAACAGGUGCAAAGACCGGCGUAAUUGCACCCGAGCAGGGUGUGGAUGCAGAUUACGAUGAGGUAUUGGAGAAAAUCAAUAGCAUAAACGCUACAUUUAAAGACUACCUCACUGAGCAAGAGAAAUUCUUUGGGUGCCGUCUUACACCUGGUGGCGAGAAAAAUCGCUUCCAGUUGGAGGUGCCAGAAAAUGCAGCUAGGAAGGCGGGCAAAGCCUACCAAUUGGAAGGUCAGAGAAAAGGUAACAAGCCAGUGCGACGUUUCUCGACAAAUGAAACACGGUCACUUGUAAAGCAAUUGCAAAACGCUGAGCUGGAACGUGAUGCCAUACUAAAAGAUUUAGCAAGACGUAUAUUUGAGAAAUUCUCCAAUCACUAUGAACUCUGGAAGCAAUGUUGUGAUUGUGUGGCAAAUCUUGAUGUCUUAGCCUCGUUAACAGAGUACGCACGCGGGCAGCAAGUAAUCUGUGUGCCAGAAUUGCAAGAGCAAAAUGCCGACCAGCAGCCAUUCGUUGACAUUGCAGAAGGCUAUCAUCCGUGCGCACCUGUUGACACAUUCAUACCAAAUGGCAUCACUCUAGGCACAGGUGAAACACCAGCACCACUCUCAAUACUUACAGGACCUAAUAUGGGUGGCAAGAGUACGCUAAUGCGGCAAGUUGGCUUACUGGUGGUGAUGGCACAAAUUGGCGCUCAUGUGCCAGCAGCACAUUGCCGCAUGUCACUUGUCGAUCGUAUCUUUACGCGCUUGGGUGCACAAGAUGAUAUCAUGGCUGGCCAGAGCACAUUCCUAGUGGAAUUAAAUGAGACCUCACUGAUUUUGAAGCAUGCUACUGUCAACAGCCUAGUGCUGCUGGACGAGCUGGGUCGCGGUACUGCCACCUAUGAUGGCACUGCUAUAGCAGCGUCGGUAGUCAACUAUCUUGCUGACUUGAAGAGUCGUACACUUUUCUCCACACACUACCACAAUCUUAUCGAAUACUUCCAUAAAGAUACGCGCAUCACAUUGGGCCAUAUGGCUUGCAUGGUAGAAAAUGAGGAUACUGAAGAUCCGACUCAAGAAACGGUAACUUUCCUAUAUAAGUAUACGGCCGGUGCUUGCCCCAAGUCGUAUGGCUUCAAUGCGGCUAAACUGGCUGGCAUGCCGCAGCCAAUUAUAAAACGUGCCUAUGAGCUUUCUAAACGCGUAGAGGCUAUCGCUUUGAGGCGCAAGAUUUUAUCUAAAGUCGUUGCUGGUGCUGGCAAUAAAUGCAGUGAUUUAAAGGAGAUGAGAAAUUUACUUUUGCAGCUAAAGAGCUGUCGUGUUUAAGCGCUUCGUUUGUGCUGAAUGUUGCGCUGAAAUGAUUUGUUUGUUUGUUGAAUUCAUCUUAUACAUGUUUCCAAUUACUUAAAAAUAUAUACACAUACAUACCACA